AUGAAAGAGAAAACUGGAAAUAUUUUGAUGAAGGAUGAAGAGAUAAAGCAGAGAUGGAAAGAUUACUUCACGGAGUUGUUAAAUAACGAAACCCGAUACCAAAGACUAGAGGAAGUAGAACCAGUGGAAGGACCAAUACCAAACAUAGAGAUGGCCGAAGUGAAGGCAGCUAUCAAGGGGAGUAAAAGUAACAAAGGAAGUGGAAGAUCAGAAGUUUGUGUUGAAAUGAUGAAAACACUGGGUGCUUUUGUUACUGGGUGGACGUUUGAACUGUUAGAAAGUAUAUGGAAAGCAGAAAAAAUGCCGCAGGAUUGGAAGAUAAUACUAGAAAGAGUAAUAGACCAGAGACUCAGAGGAAAAUUUAAUAUCUAUGAAUACCAAUUUGGUUUUAUGACGGGAAGAAGCACGAAGGAUGCCAUAUUCAUUAUGAGACAAGUGCAGGAAAAGUUUUUAGAGGGCAACCGUAAACUGUAUUACUGCUUCGUCGACCUUGUGCAAGCGUAUGACAGGACACUGAUCCUUUUUGUGUCAUGUCGUACUCCACCAGGGCUCAGCCCUUUGUCCUUUUCUGUUUUUGAUAGUCAUGGACACACUGACAUUGAAAAUGGAACAAAGUGGAUUACAGGUGAAUAUGUCAAAGACAUAAAGAAUGAUGAGCACUAG